AUGACAUCCUCCUGCCCAUCCUGGCUCAGCCUGGCGGCCGCCAAGCAGCUCCUACGGUACCGGCUGGCCGAGGAGGGCCCCGCGGACGUCCGCAUCGGCAACGUCGCCUCGGACCUGGGCAUCGUGACCGGCUCCGGGGAGGUGACUUUCAGCCUGGAGUCGGGCUCCGAGUACCUGAAGAUCGACAACAUCACGGGCGAGCUGAGCACGAGCGAGCGGCGCAUAGACCGGGAGAAGCUGCCCCAGUGUCAGAUGAUCUUCGACGAGAACGAGUGCUUCCUGGACUUCGAGGUGUCGGUGAUCGGGCCCUCGCAGAGCUGGGUGGACUUGUUUGAGGGUCGGGUCAUCGUGCUCGACAUCAACGACAACACGCCCACCUUCCCGUCGCCCGUGCUCACGCUCACGGUGGAGGAGAACCGGGCGGUGGGCACUCUGUACCUGCUGCCCACCGCCACCGAUCGCGACUUCGGCCGCAACGGCAUUGAACGCUACGAGCUGCUGCAGGAGCCCGGGGGCGGCGGCGGCGGCGGCGGCGGCGAGGGCCGGCGCGCUGGGGCGGCCGACAGCGCCCCCUACCCCGGGGGCGGCGGGAACGGCGCGAGUGGCGGCGGCCCCGGCGGCUCCAAGCGGCGGCUGGACGCGCCGGAGGCCGGCGGCGGGACGAGCCCCGGCGGCCGCAGCAGCGUGUUCGAGCUGCAGGUGGCGGACACCCCUGACGGCGAGAAGCAGCCGCAGCUGAUCGUCAAGGGGGCGCUGGACCGCGAGCAGCGCGACUCCUACGAGCUGACCCUGAGGGUGCGCGACGGCGGCGACCCGCCGCGGUCCUCUCAGGCCAUCUUGCGGGUGCUCAUCACCGACGUGAAUGACAACAGCCCCCGCUUCGAGAAGAGCGUGUACGAGGCCGACCUGGCCGAGAACAGCGCCCCGGGGACGCCCAUCCUGCAGCUGCGCGCCGCCGACCUGGACGUGGGGGUCAACGGGCAGAUCGAGUACGUGUUCGGGGCCGCCACCGAGUCCGUGAGGCGGCUGCUGCGCCUCGACGAGACGUCCGGCUGGCUCAGCGUGCUGCACCGCAUCGACCGCGAGGAGGUGAACCAGCUGCGCUUCACGGUCAUGGCCCGCGACCGCGGGCAGCCCCCCAAGACCGACAAGGCCACCGUCGUCCUCAACAUCAAAGACGAGAACGACAACGUGCCGUCCAUCGAGAUCCGCAAGAUCGGGCGCAUCCCGCUCAAGGACGGGGUGGCCAACGUGGCGGAGGACGUCCUGGUGGACACCCCCAUAGCACUGGUGCAGGUGUCCGACCGGGACCAGGGUGAGAAUGGCGUGGUCACCUGCACCGUGGUGGGCGACGUGCCCUUCCAGCUCAAGCCGGCCAGCGACAGCGAGGGCGACCAGAACAAGAAAAAGUACUUCCUGCACACCUCGGCUCCGCUGGACUACGAGGCCACGCGGGAGUUCAACGUGGUCAUAGUGGCGGUGGACUCUGGCAGCCCCAGCCUCUCCAGCAACAACUCCCUCAUUGUCAAGGUGGGCGACACCAACGACAACCCUCCGGUCUUUGGCCAGUCAGUGGUCGAGGUCUACUUCCCCGAAAACAACGUCCCCGGGGAGCGGGUGGCCACGGUGCUGGCCACGGACGCCGACAGCGGGAAGAACGCCGAGGUCGCCUACUCGCUGGACUCGUCCGUGCUGGGGGUCUUCGCCAUCGACCCCGACUCUGGGGACAUCCUCGUGAACACCGUGCUGGACCGCGAGCAGACGGACAGGUAUGAGUUUAAAGUAAACGCCAAAGACAAAGGCAUCCCGGUGCUGCAGGGCAGCACCACGGUGAUCGUGCAAGUGGCUGAUAAGAAUGACAAUGACCCCAAGUUUAUGCAGGACGUCUUCACCUUUUAUGUGAAAGAAAACCUGCAGCCCAACAGCCCGGUGGGGAUGGUCACUGUGAUGGAUGCUGACAAGGGGCGGAACGCGGAGAUGAGUCUAUACAUCGAGGAGAACAGCAACAUUUUUUCUAUUGAAAACGACACAGGGACCAUUUACUCCACCAUGUCCUUUGACCGGGAGCACCAGACCACAUACACUUUCAGAGUGAAAGCUGUGGAUGGGGGAGAUCCUCCUAGGUCUGCCACAGCCACAGUGUCUCUCUUUGUGAUGGAUGAAAAUGACAAUGCCCCCACAGUCACCCUGCCCAGAAACAUUUCCUACACUUUGCUGCCACCUUCGAGUCAUGUCAGGACAGUAGUAGCCACCGUGCUGGCGACAGACAGCGAUGAUGGCAUCAACGCAGACCUGAACUACAGCAUUGUGGGAGGGAACCCCUUCAAGCUGUUUGAGAUUGACUCCGCCAGUGGUGUGGUUUCCUUGGUGGGCAAACUCACUCAGAAGCAUUAUGGCUUGCACAGGUUGGUGGUGCAAGUGAACGACAGUGGGCAACCUUCCCAGUCCACCACCACGCUGGUGCAUGUGUUUGUCAAUGAAAGCGUCUCUAACGCCACCGUGAUCGACUCCCAGAUAGCCAGAAGUCUGCACACCCCACUCACCCAGGAUAUAGCCGGAGACCCAAGCUAUGAGAUUAGCAAACAGAGACUCAGCAUUGUCAUUGGGGUGGUUGCUGGCAUUAUGACAGUGAUCCUGAUCAUCUUGAUUGUAGUGAUGGCCAGGUACUGCAGGUCCAAGAGCAAAAACGGCUAUGAGGCCGGCAAAAAAGAUCACGAAGACUUUUUUACACCCCAACAGCAUGACAAAUCUAAAAAGCCCAAAAAGGACAAGAAAAACAAAAAAUCCAAGCAGCCUCUCUACAGCAGCAUUGUCACUGUAGAAGCUUCUAAACCAAAUGGACAAAGGUAUGAUAGUGUCAAUGAGAAGCUGUCAGACAGCCCAAGCAUGGGGCGCUACAGAUCUGUUAAUGGUGGGCCUGGCAGUCCUGACCUGGCCAGGCAUUAUAAAUCCAGUUCCCCCUUGCCUACUGUCCAGCUUCACCCCCAGUCACCAACUGCAGGGAAAAAACACCAGGCCGUACAAGAUCUACCACCAGCCAACACAUUUGUGGGAGCAGGAGACAACAUUUCUAUUGGAUCAGAUCACUGCUCUGAGUAUAGCUGUCAAACCAAUAACAAGUACAGCAAACAGCCAUUUCGUAGAGUGACGUUUUCUGUUGUGAGUCAGCCUCAGGACCCACAUCAGGGGUCACUGCAGAGUUGCUAUGACAGCGGGCUGGAGGAGUCAGAAACACCAAGCAGUAAGAGUUCAUCAGGGCCAAGACUGGGUGCCCUUCCACUCCCAGAGGACAACUAUGAAAGGACCACGCCGGAUGGCAGUGUUGGUGAGGCAGAGCAUAUGGAAAAUGUGCUUGAUGUCAUUCUCAGAACCAAAGAGCAGGUGGCAUGCAAAUUACUUUUAGAUUCAAGGCCUCUUCCAGAUGUAGCCCUGACUGGGAAGUGCACUCGUGAGUGUGAUGAGUAUGGCCACUCAGACUCCUGCUGGAUGCCUGUCCGCACUUCUCCUGAGAGGAAGAAGAGUCAGCCCAAACUGUCUACUUUCAUGCCUGUUGAUGAACGAGGAAGCCAGGAAAAGCUGGCCAAUGGCGAGGCCGCUAUCAUGGGUGACCGCAACAGGAACCUCCUGAACAAAAAGUUGACCUCAUCCUAUGAGACCUUCAGUGCAGCUAGUUUCAGCAAAAAUGAGGAAGCCAACCCUGAGGAUAUUCCCCUGACAAAAACAGGGGAAUAUAAGCCAUCUCCUGUCAAUACUCUCACUAGAAGAGAAGUUUACCUGUAGGCUAUCAAGGAGCAACAGCAAAGUUCUUUUCAUGUAUGAGAAGGAGAAUAUGGGGCAAAAACCUUACAAAGCAAAACCAUGUAAUCACAAAGAGGGGGCUACCAAAGAGACAAAGCUUUGCCUGCCACUUCUGCCUCCAGAUCAGGCCUUUAGUGAUACUGUUAGCCUGAUGAUAAUGUACAAUGUAGAAACCAUCCUUGUUAUUGCAUGUCUAACCCCUUCACUGACUCCCAAUACCCACUCUCUUCCCCAACACCCUUCCAAAAAAAAAAAAAAAAAAAAGAUGGUUGCAAGUUUGUUCAUGGUAACAAGCCUGAUUAGCAGAACACAACACACUCUCAUUAUCCCUAAGCUAAAGCAUGACUGUAGUCACUUUGAUUUUGUUCGAGUGUCAUCGGCUGGUUUAGAAAGCAGGGCAGGUAAAUAUAUUCCACACAUGCCAUCAUCAGAAUAUGGUUUAUCUCCAUCAAAGGCAAUCCUUUGAAAAAUCACAGAGUCCCUCUAAAAGUAUGGCCUUGUCAAAGGGGACUUUAUUAAGAAACAUUUUGGAAAGAUCAUAGCUUUAAUAUUCUAACAAAGAUUGAGAGCUAAACAGUACUCAGAGGGGGAUGGCAGUCCCAAACUGGCAUAUGUUAUUAUUUUCAGGUCAAGAGCAUCAACUUCAAUUACAUACAGUCACCGAAUAUUCUCAGAAUACACACAAUCUUGAGUACAUAUAUCAAUUACACUAAUUAUGACUUGUAAUAAUUAUAUAUUUUUUUCAGAACAGGACCAUUAUUAUCAACUAACUUGAACCAUUGUGUCAUUAAGAGGCCAAAGAUCACACGGCAGAUCAGGGAAAUCAUGAAGUUGAUUUGGUCUUGAUGUGGAAAUCUAUUAAAGAAAGGCUACUGAACCAUGCACACACAGAAACUCUGAAAUACUGGUUUGUUUUAUAUUGUCUCUAAACUCAGAGAACAUGCUUCUUUUAAUAUGCAUUUUAUUUGAGAAGUUGGAAAUGAAAUACUUAAUAAGACAUAUUUUUGGUAUUGAAAUAGGUUUGGUUGAUGUUCAAGUUUAGUUUCAGAGAAUAUGAUCAGGGAAGGCUCCACUUUUUAAAGUAGUAUUUAUGGGUAGUCAGGUAGGGACAGAAAAAGAUACAUCGGCAUACACUCUUAUUAGUUGAGUCCACUAUUACCAUUUUAGAACCCAGACAAUGAUUCCUAAUCUUAUUAUCCACAUUUCAAAUUAUAAUUGCAUUUUUCACUUGAUCAAUGCACACUUCCAUACAACACAAGUGCAUUAAUUUUGAAUCGUGUAUAAUAUAGAACUAUUUUGAUACAACAUUGAAACUAUGCCACAUUUUAAUUGACUUUGUCAUGAUUGUGAUUUGAACAUUAUUUAAUAUGUCGUAUACAAAUCCAGACUGAACAUGAAAGAAAUGAGUUCUGGGCAGUGACAUUUCUCACGGUACAUGCAUCUUAGAGAUGGAAAACAUGGAGUUUUUUUCAGUGCAAUAAAUAGAAACAGAAUAUGCAGAUUUUGAGCCACUUGCUCUGUGGAGGAUGAUUUAAAACAAUUGAAAAUUGAGCUGGGACAUUCAGAUGAAAGUGACAAUCCAUGGACAGAAAUGGGGAUAACAGGUCAAGAGAGCAGACGUUCUCAUCCCUGUGUUUAUGAACUGGUGAAGGCAUAGCCUUGAUGGCUCUCUAGCAUACUGUAGAAACAAUUUAGCUUUGGGUAGUUUCACGCUUUACAGAACUUCUUAGACUAUAAGGUGAAGCAGCCUGGACUUUGGGUUGAUAAUUCACUAUAGGUCAUCAAAAUACUUAUCUUUGAAAACCACUUCUCUCUUUGGUGGGGUACUCUUUUGGGGUCAUUUCCUUAUGCUCUUUCUUAAAUCGAGUUUUCAUUUUGGUGUUAGUUUAUGUAUAAUAGGUAGAAUGAAAACAGAUAUGUAAUUGAAACAAGGACAUUGGACUAAAAUAUCAAUAAUUGAACAUGUUUCUGUUUGAUUAUUAUUUACACUAUGGAAAGAUGCAAUUCUAGUACUUUGUUAGGAAACUGCAUUGAAGCAGUUCUGCCUUGUAUAAUCUGUAAGUACCUAUUAAGACAAAAUACUUCUAAAGAUACUUAUGAAAUGUAUACAUAUUUUUCUUGCACGUUACAAAUGAAAUAAUUGCAUAACACAGAUAUUCAACACACUUUUUUAAUGCUUUUUUUCUUUCAUGAGACACUUGAAAGCACUAGAUAGCUCAUUUCACUAUCUUAAAACCCUUCUCUUGUCUAUAAAGCUAAUACGGGUCACACUGGACCUUCGGAUUAAUUGGAUCCACAUUCCACCGUGACAUUUGCACCCCAUUCAAGACAGCCAUGCCAUUGUCAUUUAACUCGUGAACCUCUCUUUAGAACUAAAAUGGGUGUGACAGAAUAAAAUUCAGUGUACUGUAAGUAUUCGCAGUAAUUCUAGUAGAAUUAGCUAUCAUAACAUGUUUAUUAUAUAAUGAGCUGGCAUGACACAGAAAUAUAUUUUGUGUUUGUAUGACUUUUAUUUUGAAUAGGUUAAAUCUGGUGCCACUCCAUAUAUAGAGUGCUUUUGAAAAAAAUCAAUAAAAACACAAAAAAAUAAAUAAAUGAGUGAAUGCAAAAUAAGCAACUGUGCCUUUUAUACCUGUUGUUAUGGUAAAAAAACGGUUGUUGGGUUUGGACAAUGAGGGGAAAUGGGCUAUUCCCAACUUUUUUGAUCCUGUAUAUUUAUCCAUGUUUAUUUUCUGAAAAUAAUAAAUAAUAUAUUAAAAAUUUGCCUUCAGAUAAACUCAGAUAAUGGACCAGUCUUAAAUAUUGUUCAUUCAUAAAACAAAAUUAAGAUGUUAAUAUGGACUGCUUAAAGCUCACUAAAAGGUGAAAGCUUUUAUUGCAAGAGUAACACUGAGAGAUAUUAUCAGGGGUAAAAUCAGUCCAUUUUGCAAGGUAAAAUAUUGGUUUUGAAUUUUUAUUCUUUAUUUCUUUUUGUUGCUUUUAUUUCAGUUGCUGUGUCAUUAUUUUUACAUUAUAUAAACCAUACUUGUUUUCUGUACACAAAAUCUCAAACUUUGCAUGCAUUAUACAUUAGGACACAUUUGUAAUUUAAUGAAUAACUAUAUAAAUUUAUGUGUAUUAAAACAUCUACAGCUUCAGUCUAAGAAUCUGCUGUUCAUUCUGGAUUUCCAGAUCUCAUUUCUGCAUGGUUUCUGACUGGCCUGCUGCCUGAGUUUCAGAAAACAAGGGAGGCAUUAUUUUUAUGGGAGCAAGAACUAAGAUGGUACUGAGGAUGUCUGCCUGAAAGGCUACCCUGGGAAGCUGUCUUAUAGGAAAAGAAAAUGAAACACACAGACACGCUCACAUACUCUCUCUCUCACACACACACACACCCCAAAACUGCCAAGAAGCAAACAGCCAUCCUAUCUGACUUACCAUCAGAUUCGUGAGGAAUCUGAAACCUAAAUCAUUUUAGGCAUACUGUAUGAGAGAUAAAUGAAGCAUCCUUAAGCAAAAACAAAAAGACGAUCAUGCGUAUAUAGUAAAGGUUGUUUGUUGUGACACAGGCAGAGGUGUAAAGAACAUCUGGAGGAAGGCAUCAUUUUUUUCCAGCUACCGGGGUUUACUUUCAGACAACUUUUCCUACAUUCUAAAGCACUUGCAUUCAGUGUGGUACGAUCUGUCUGUAAUGGUAAUCAUUGACUAUUGUUCUGCUACUUGGAUGUUGAUAGUGAAGCAAAGAACAAUUUAUCAUCGUUUAUUAUGAGUCACUAUGCACGCAACUAUGCUAAACAUGGCGAAAUGUAUUAAACACUCGUCCAACUAUUUAUGAAAUACUUUACAUAAUUUAAUUUGCUUUUGUACAGUUUUAUGUAAAUAAAUUGCUUGUCAUUUUUGUCUCUGCAAAUUAAAAUAUAACAUGGUCAAAUGGUUU